AUGUUCCUUCAACGCACAGCCUUCGCCCUCGCCAGGCGCACUCCCACCCGGGCCAUUGCUGCUCGCCCCUUCUCCUCCUCUGUUACCCGUUUCGACCAGGCCAAGAAGUGGCAGGUCAGCAAGGAGGGCAAGAUCCUGUCUUUCGAGGAGAUCAAGACCGAGGAAGACCUUGUCCCCCCUGGUGCCAAGCCUGGUACCAUUCCCACCGACAUCGAGCAUGCCACCGGUCUCGAGCGUCUCGAACUUACCGGAAAGAUGCAGGGCAUCGACAUCUUCGACAUGAGACCUCUGGAUGCCUCCCGCAAGGGAACUCUUGAGAACCCCAUCAUCGUCAACGGUGCCGGUGAUGAGCAGUACGCUGGUUGCACUGGUUUCCCCGCCGACUCUCACCAGGUCAACUGGCUCACCGUCUCCCGUGACCGCCCUCUCGAGCGCUGCGGCGAGUGCGGCAACGUCGUCAAGCUGAACUACGUUGGUCCUGAGGAGGACCCCCACGCCCACGACCACCACGGCCACGACCACCACGGCCACCCUCCCCAUGAGGAGCCCAAGACCUUCGCCGACUACGUCAAGCCUGAGUACUGGUACCGGUAA